AUUAAGCUCUCUCUUUCUUCCCCCCGCGUUUUCGUUGGCGAACGAGCCCAUUAAAAUAUUCCCUUCAUUGAAUUUGCUCACAGUUCUUCAUUUCUUCUGUUUCCUGAUUUUGGGUUCUUCUGUUUUGAUUCUCUAUCAGUGGAGCUGCUUUUUUACUGUUCGAGCUCUUCUUCUUCUUCAUCUCAUUUCAGGGUAUGAAUGAUAAACUAGAGUAAGAAGUAUUGGAUUGGAGGAGUUUCUGAAAUUGGUGAUGGAUUGAUGAGUAUCUGAUGUGAAGGGUGAUGGAAUCCAAUUUAACGAAAAGAGGGAUGAUUCCAGGUGGGGUUUCGUAUGGAGGUGUCGAUUUGCAAGGAUCUAUGGGGGUUCAUCACCAAGGACAAUACUCCCUCAACUUAUGCCAGGAAAAUCAUAAUCGUAGUCACCAGCGAUCUUCAGUUCGGUCCUUGGUUCGUGGUAGCUCUCCAUUGACAAUGGGAAGCUCGCAACAUUGCAAUCACCGGGCUAGACUUGUGGAUUGUGGUAAAGGGGACAUCAAGAAUUCGGUGAGUGAUGAAGACGAGCCAAGUUUUAGCGAAGAGGGGAUUGAUGGUGCAGGGAAGAAUGCAUUGCCAUGGCAGCGGGUGAAGUGGACGGAUAAGAUGGUGAAGCUCUUGAUUACUGUUAUUUCUUAUAUGGGAGAUGAUUCUGCCUCAGGGUGUGGAGGCUUAGGUAGAAGGAGACUUGCAGUUCUACAGAAAAAGGGCAAGUGGAAAUCAGUUUCGAAGAUAAUGGCCGAGCGGGGCUAUCAUGUUUCACCCCAGCAAUGCGAGGAUAAGUUUAAUGACCUCAAUAAAAGGUAUAAAAGACUGAAUGAUAUGCUUGGUAGGGGCACCUCUUGCCAAGUUGUGGACAACCCUGCGCUUUUGGACGGGAUAGAUUAUCUAACCGCAAAGGAAAAGGACGAAGUUAGGAAGAUUCUAAGCUCGAAGCAUCUGUUCUAUCAGGAGAUGUGUUCUUAUCACAAUGGCAAUAGACUACAUUUGCCUCAUGAUCCGGAAUUGCUACAUUCUUUACAGUUGGUUCUUAGAAAUAGAAUUGAUUGUGAGAAUGAUGAUCUGAGGAAGCUCGGACAUGAAGAUUUUGAUGAGGAUGAAUGUGACAUGGAAACUGAUGCUCGUGGUGAUUUUGAGGAGAAUCGUGCUUCGCACGAGAAUAAUAGGGGUCUGUCUGGGACUACUGGGGGCUGCAUGAAGCGGGUGAGACAAGGCCUUGGGUAUGAAGAAGGAAACUUAAUGCAUUCCUUGACUUCUAAUGACUACAACAACCGUUCUCAUUGUCAAGCAGAAGCCGUUCGAGUUGGAACGAACCAUGUUCUACCUGAAACCCGUAGAAUUUUUCAGUUACAAAAGCUGUGGAUCGAGUCCCGUUCGCUUCAGUUAGAGGAGAAAAGGCUUCAAAUCCAAACGGAUAGGUUGGAAUUGGAGAAACAACGUUUCAAAUGGGAAAGAUUCAACAAGAAAAGGGACCGAGAGUUAGAAAAGUUGAAGUUAGAAAACGAGAGGAUGAAGCUCGAGAACGAGCAGAUGGCAUCACAACUGAAGCAAAAAGGAAAAGGGGGCGCUUCCCUCAAAUAACAACCUCCACUUCCAAGACAUGUCUCCUUCAACUGAAAAAUCAUCCCUUCGAAACCUCAAGAGUCCAAGACGCUAGUUAGAAGAAAGCUCUUUGGCUGCUGACAUUGACAUCGCAACCAACACGUGCCACGUCAAAGUCAAGACGGCGACGGUACGGACAACCAGUCUUCUCCUUGCAUUUCAUUUAACUAACUGUUGUUUUUGCUCUGAAGUCUGAAUCAUUUUGCAGAGAGUUGUUAGCUUAACACUUAAUAUCUGACUUAUCACAACACUGUGUUCUGGUCCUAAACUUCAUAUUUUGCACAUCUCUUUCACAAAGAGUCUCAAUGAGAGGCCUUAUUCCCACAAUUUGCUUCUUUUUCUAUUCUGGGCUCACUCAACUCCCAUCUCUAAACAACUCAUUUCACCAUUCCCUCUGUUUGGCAAUGAUAGUUUGGCAAUGAUAGUA